GUGUGAGCAGUCGCACGCGAGAGCUCUUCAAGCGAACAAGUCGCUGCAACUCGGCGAAACAAUUACGCAUUGGACUUUAACCCGAGGAUGCCUCGCGCAAAAAAGUGAUAUUGACACAAGCUUCAUCCCACGGCGCUGUGAUACUUGACUUUGUCUUUCUCUCUCUCUCUCUGUGAAAAGCGUGCGAUCGCGUAUUACACGCCGAAACGCUCCGUUACCAUGGAGUACUGGACGAUAGCCUUAUCGGUAGUGAGUGCACUCGUUAUCUAUUAUUACGCGUUUCGCAAAACUCCGAACGACUUUCAACAACAUGGAGUUCCAUUCGCGCCACAGAUGUCUUUGUUAAAAAGAUUCUGGGUAAUUUUUAUAUUUCCGGAGAGCUUCGCUGCGAUAAUUAAAAAAGUGUACUAUAUCCAUCCGGACGCUAAGUAUAUCGGCCUCUUCGAUAUCUCGAGACUGAUCGUGGCGAUCCGCGAUCUCGAUCUCAUCAAGUCCAUCGGCAUCAAGAACUUCGACUCGUUCGAAGAUCAUCUUUUCUUCGGCACCGAAAAUCAAGAUCCUCUUUUCGGAAAGAAUCUCUUCGCUCUUCGGGGUGACAGAUGGCGCGACGUCAGAACGCUCUUGAGCCCGUCUUUCACGUCGAGCAAGAUGAAAGCGAUGUAUCAAUUGAUGUCGGAGGUAGCCGUCAGGUUUUCGGAACAUCUGACGAACGUACCGUCCGAGAAGCGCGUUAUGGAAAUGAAGGACAUUUGCACGAGGUACGCGAACGACGUGAUCGCCACAUGCGCUUUCGGCAUCAACGUGGAUUCGAUGAAGUAUCCGACGAACGAGUUCUACAUGUACGGCAAAAAGGCGGUGGAUUUCGGAACGAUUGCUAUCAUAAAAAUUUUGCUUUACCAGCACGCGCCGAUGCUCAUGAGACUGUUGGGGCUCAGUUUGAUAGACAAACAUACGCACGCGUUUUUCGUGAAUCUAGUGGCCGACACCAUACGGACCAGAGACGAGAAAGGUAUCACUCGUCCGGACAUGAUCCAACUCAUGAUGGAUAGCCGAAGCAAACGGGAACCCGGACGGGAACUGACCAUUGUGGAUAUGACGUCACAGGCGUUUAUCUUCUUUCUCGGCGGAUUCGAAAGUAGCUCGACGCUGAUGAGUUUCGUGAUGCACGAACUCGCCGUCAAUCCGGACGUUCAGACGAAGUUGCAGAACGAGAUCGACAAGGUGUGGAAGGAAGCGAACGGCGAACCGUCUUACGAGGCGAUCAACGCAAUGACGUAUCUGAGCGCCGUGAUCAACGAGACGCUCAGAAUGUUUCCGGUGCAACCGAUGACGGACCGACUGUGCAAGAAGGAUUUCGAACUGCCGCCCGCGUUACCGGACGCGAAACCGUACGUCGUGAAAAAGGGAACGGUAAUUUGGUUUCCGUUUUACGCGCUUCAACACGACCCCAAGUACUUCCCGGAGCCGGACAAGUACAAGCCCGAGAGAUUUCUCGACGAGAACAAAGAUGAACAAUGCGAUUUCAAUGCCUAUUUUCCGUUCGGUUUGGGUCCGAGAAUGUGCAUUGGCAAUAGAUUCGCGUUAUUGGAAACGAAGAUUCUGCUGUUUCAUCUUCUCGCUCGUUGCGAUUUGAAACCGUGCGAGAAGACCGUCAUACCUUUGCAAUUGAAAAAAGGAGGAUUCUCGAUGCGAGCCGAAGGCGGCAUGUGGUUGAGCAUUGUGCCCAGAGAAAACCGUCCGAUUGCGCACGAAGAUUCGUUAACUGUAAACAAAAUCUAAAAAUAAGAGAGAACGCGCAACCGAUUGCGUGUACGUGUGCGUAGUCUAUACAUACACACACAUACGCGUAUACAUAUUUGAAACAAUAAUGGUCAAGGUUUCAUACACACGCACACACACGUGCGCGGUGUCGGAUGUGGAUAAGAGGCCAAUUUUCUUCUCUUCCUGUCUCAAAGAGAUAUUAAAAUAAUAGCGAUAAUAUAUGUAUAUGUGAUGCUUUAUAAUUAAUGUAUAUAAUAAAUUGUGAUCAAGAAAUAGGACAAGAGAAAUCAAAUAAAUAAUUAUAUACAAACAAACAAACAACGAUAUAGCGCGUUACUCACAUAUUUUUAUCGAGUUUAAUAAAUAAUUUAAUUUGCGCGUGUGUUAUAUAAUAAAUGUUUUUUACUCUUUGUGUUGUGUUUAUUAAUUUACUCUUGACUAGAUUACUUUCAUACUUCUCUGCGAGCAGAGAAAUGAGCACAUUUUUAUAUUGCCCACGCAGGUUUAAUAAGCUCAUUUAGACUGCUGGCGCCGGCCUUGAAUUCAGACGGCACAUCAAUUAAUAUAUUGCCAGAGCGUUGGGAUUGUCUAGUAGCAAGCGUCACUCUCGCACAAUCGAAAUUGAAAAUAAUAGCUCUCGAAUAAUGGUGAUACAGUCGAUCACACAUGACAAAAAAAAAGAUCGCGUUUGCGCAACAACAGCAACCUAAAUCCUGACUCGUAAUAUUUUUUCUCGUUUGAAUUGUUAUUAAUAUCUAAUACCGCAUGUCUAAUUGAAUAA